AUGAUAUCUGAAACUAGUGAAUCUGUUGAGAGUGUUAGUUUGACGAGUAAUGAUAUCUUGGACGAAUUCACAAACCUUAACCUUAAUCACAAUCUCGGGGAAGUGAUAAACCUAAAAAGAGAAAUCGAGCGACUGAAUACAUUCAAGGACUGGCGCGUGCCAUUCCUUAGUGCUACUCAAAUGGCCGAGGCCGGUUUCUAUUUUACGAAAAGGGGUGAUAUUGUGCGGUGUGUAUUUUGUGACAUAGAGAUGGGUAAUUGGGUAGAAGGUGACGAUCCGACAAUAAAUCAUCGACAUUGUCCAUUCAUCAAAAAAUUGCCUGUUGGAAAUGUUCCAUUGGUUUCUGGGGAAAGUUGUGGUUAUAGUGAUUAUAGUGGAUAUGAUACUUGCGGCAACAAUGCAACCCAUCCAUAUAUCUCACACGAGGACGCGACAGUGAUAAAUAUUCCAAAAAUAAUUAAUACUGGACAUAGCAGUAUGACCAUUCCCCUACCUGAUCUUCUGGUGACAAAACCCCCUCUCCAUGCAACAUAUAAAACUAUAGAAUCUAGACUUGCAUCGUUUGCUACAUGGCCAAUCUCUUUGAAAAUCAAGCCGAGUGAAUUGAGUGAUGCCGGGUUCUUCUAUACAGGGAAAGGUGACAUGGUGAUAUGCUUUUACUGUGAUGGUGCUCUGAAAGAUUGGAUGGAUGUGGAUAUACCAUGGGAAGAACAUGCGAGAUGGUUUAGUAAAUGUCACUAUGUAAUCUUGAUCAAAGGCAGGAAAUUUAUUGAUGAGGUCCGUCAAAAGAAAUCUAAAGAGGAUAAAUCAGUGAUAGAAACAGAACAGUUUCAAUCAAAAUCAGUUUCAUCGAAAGAACAGUUUCAAUCAAGAUCAGUUUCAUCAUCGACGGAUUCAAUAAAUAAACGUGAAACUGUCAACAAUAUCCUUUGUAAAAUUUGUUACACCGAGGAGAUGAAUAUCCUGUUCUUUCCAUGUGGUCACCUUGCAACAUGUUCCAGAUGUGCCAUUUCACUUACCAGUUGUAUCAUAUGUCGUAGGGAACAUUCUGCAAUCAUGCGAGUAUUCCUCUCCUAG